GCCCCGGCGCACUUUUGCCACGCAGCGGCGGCGAAGCGACGCAGCGCGCUGCAGGGACGCGAAAACGCCGACGACACCGACAGCGCCGCCGCCUCCGCCGCCGCCAGAUGAACCAGCAGUGCAAGGUGUGCGGCGAGCCCGCCGCGGGCUUCCACUUCGGCGCCUUCACCUGCGAGGGCUGCAAGUCAUUCUUCGGGAGAACCUACAACAACAUGAACUCCAUUUCGGAAUGCAAGAACAACAACGAGUGUAUCAUCGACAAGAAAAAUCGGACGUCCUGCAAGGCGUGCCGCCUCAAGAAGUGCAUCGAAGUCGGCAUGUCCAAGAGCGGCUCCCGCUACGGCCGGCGCUCUAACUGGUUCAAGAUUCAUUGUCUGCUGCAAGAGCAGCAGCAGCAGCAACAACAACAACAACAGCAGCAGCAGCAGCAGCAGAACGGGCAGGACGGGGGCGGCAUCGGCGGCGGGCUGCCCCUGGGGGCGGCGUCGCUGUUCGGCGGCGCGCCGCCCGGCCUCUACCCGCCCUCCUUCUUCGCCGGGCUCAACGGAGCCUUUCCCGUGCUGCCGCCGUCUCCGCUGCCCAAGCGCCGCAAACUCGAGUCCAGCAGCUCCGACGACUCCUCGGGCGCGUCCUCCGUUGACGACGAGACCGCCGCCAUCACUGCAGGGCUCAUGUCGCGACUGCACGGGGGCCCGCGGCCGCCGCCGCUGUACCACGGGCCGGCGCCGCCCCCGCACGGAUCGCCGCAGCUGCAGCCGGCGCCGCCCCCGCAGGCGCGCUUCCUGUACCCCAGCCUGGCGGCGCGCACGCCCGUCAACGGCGCCGGCGUCGGCGCCCCCGCGCUGGCCGGCGUCGCCGUCGAGCAGGACCAGCCCAUCGACCUGUCGGUGCGCGGCCGCCCCAAGUGCUGCUCCGACUCCGCACCCAGCUCCCCGCCCUCGGCGGCCGCCGACUGCGACGAGGCGCUCGGCAGCGCCGACGCCGCCGACCGCCAGCGACGGGACGGUCGGUCGACGCCUCUCGACCUCACCAACAAGAGGGCUGUCGAAGUCCCUCAGUUCGGCUGA